AUGGAGAAGAUAGACCGUUAUGGAAUGCAGUCCGGCAUCGUCAAGAUUAUUCCGCCCGAGGAGUGGAAAAACUCUCUGCCCGAACUCGAUGACCUCGUCAAGCAGGUCCGUGUGCGAGAACCGAUCAAGCAAGAUAUCAUGGGCUCCGGCGGCACCUUCCGACAGGUCAAUAUUCUCCACCAGCGAUCCUACAACGUACCUCAGUGGCGCAAGCUGUGCGAGCAGAGCGAACACCAGCCGCCCGCCCGCAGGGGCGAGCGCCGCGCCAAUGCAGACAAGCCGAGGCCUGCGACUCGAACCCGAGCUGCUGCAUCGUCCGCGCCGAAACCUAGGGCAGCCCCUGCGAAGAAGCGCGGCGGCAAGCGCGGCGCCAAGAACAGCAGCAAACAGAAGAAGGAUGCCGACGAUGCCGAGACGGAAGAUCGACCUAUGACGCCCGUCUCCCCAAGAGGAGAUGCUGAAGAGGGCACAAUCAAGACGGAGGCUGUAGUAGACUCGGUCGAGACUGGGGAUGCCGAGGAGGAGGAAGAAGAAGCCACUCCUACCGUCGGCAGGAUGGGCCGUAUGGGUGGCGCGAGGCCCUCCAAGGGCGCCACGCAGUCCGUCUCGGCGCGCCGGAAGUAUAGCAAACGAGAGGGUUCUGCCAAGAUUGACGAGGAAGCCUUCAAGGAUUUCGACUACCGCAUGGACGUGUCCGACUACACGCCAGAGAGAUGCGAGGAGCUGGAGAGGGCAUACUGGAAGACUCUGACCUACGCGCCCCCUCUAUACGGUGCUGAUCUGAUGGGUACGCUAUUCGACGAAUCCACCGACACCUGGAACCUCAACAAACUCCCCAACCUGCUCGACGUCCUGGGCAGCAAGGUCCCGGGAGUUAACACAGCGUAUCUCUAUCUCGGCAUGUGGAAGGCCACUUUUGCCUGGCAUCUCGAGGAUGUCGACCUAUACAGCAUCAACUAUUUGCACUUUGGCGCGCCGAAGCAGUGGUACAGCAUCUCGCAGGCCGACGCCAAGCGAUUUGAGGCAGCCAUGAAGAACAUUUGGCCGACGGACGCCAAGGCCUGCGAUCAGUUCCUCCGCCAUAAGGGCUACCUCAUCUCACCACAGCAGCUGAAGCAGAACUACAACAUUACCGUCAACAAGUGCGUCUCCUAUCCUGGAGAGUUCGUCGUCACAUAUCCAUACGGCUACCAUUCGGGCUACAACCUCGGCUACAACUGCGCGGAGGCUGUCAACUUUGCUCUUGACUCCUGGCUUCCCAUGGGCAAGAUCGCCAAGCGGUGCCAGUGUCCCCAGGCGCAAGACAGUGUGUGGAUCGACGUAUACGACAUUGAACGCAAGCUGCGAGGCGAGGAGCUGGAGUACGAAGAGUACACUGAUGAUGAUGGCGAUGAAGAAGAGGAUGAGGACAUGGAGGAGCCUGAAUCCACCAAUGCACCAGGAUCUCGCGCUGUCAAGAUCAAGGCUCCGUCCCGCAAGCGCAAGCGUGACGCGAAGGACAAGGAUGAGAAGAAGGUGAAGAAAAUCAGGCUCCGAAUUAAGGCACGCGCCGAGCCGCCUUGCUGUCUUUGUCCCAACGACAUUGCCUCCGCCGAGCUCAUUCCUACCAACGACGGACGCAAGGCGCACCGCAUGUGCGCCCACUAUCUUCCCGAGACCUACAUCGAAACCAUUGACGACAAAGAGGUUGUCUGCAAUGUCGCUAAUGUCGCCAAGGACAGACUUGAUCUCAAGUGCCUCUUCUGUCGAUCCAAGCGCGGAGCCUGCUUCCAGUGUUCUCAAAAGAAGUGCGCGCGCGCGUACCAUGCUACUUGCGCUGCCGCAGCCGGUGUGUUUGUGGAGGAGGCCGAAGUCUCCGUCUGGGGUGAAGACGGCACAGAAUACAAGGAGCAAGCCUUCGAGUUCAGCUGUCGUUUCCAUCGCACCAAGAGAGACAAGAAGGUGGACGGCGACUCCUUGGAUGACGACGAGCGCAUCCUCAAUGCAGCCAAGGCUGUCAAGGAAGGCGAAAUUUGCCAGCUGCAGUACUUCAAGGGGGAGAUUUUCGCUGGCGUGGUUGUCGAAAAUCGCAAAGAUGAGCGUAUGCUGUUGGUGGAUAUUCUUCCCAAUGGUGCCCGCGUCGAGGUUGAGUGGAAGUGGCUCCUUGUGGCUGAUCCCUCCGACUACCAUCUUCCAAAGGCCUCUGCCAAAGCUAUCCCGAUGCCCACUUCGCAAAAGGCCAAGCAAGAGCUCAACGCCAAACGCGCCGUUGACGAGGUGCCAAGGAAAGAUGAUACCUUUGUGGACGGCGGCUUCACCUGGGCUGAAUUUCACACUUGCGAGCCUUUUCACAACAAGGAUCAGGUUAAAGCUGACCUCAACAAAGAUAUGCAGCUGUGGUACUACCUUGGCAAGACGUCGACCGAGGCCAAGGCGCAGUAUACGGAGAGCCCUACGCUGCAGCGACACAACCCGCGCAGCAACUACCUUGACACACUGCCAAAGCCCGCGAAGCCUCCCAAGCCUGUAUCGGUCACGCAGCGUCGGCCGUCGCAAGUGCCUCAACGACCUUCAAUUCCUGGUCCCCCCCGCCCGUCGCCGCUUUCGACUUCCUCGGUGCCGGUACCCGUGCAGGGCUCGGCGCAAGGUCCGGCGCAAGGCCCGAUGUCAAUGCCCUCUCUGCCUAAUGCAGUCGCCGUUGAGAAGCCAUACGUGUACAAGCCGCGCAAGCCCAUCGACGGUGUUUGGUUCAAGACGCAACAGUUCACAACUCAACAGUUUGCUCCUAAAAUGAGUAACUCGCCGUCUCCUGCGCCCAACGGCCACCAGUCGGGCUAUGGCUUUGACUCUCGGUUCGCUGGCCAACAGCACGCUCAGACAAGCCAGUAUUCACAGCAUCGCUUCAUUCCCUCUUAUGCUCCUGCCUAUAACCCGCAGACCGCCGCCUAUGGUGCGCAACGAAAUGCACCACCGAACUAUGGACAACCGCAGCAGCAGCAGCAGCAGCAACGAACCUGGUCGACGCCUUCUUCAAUGAACCAGCCAUCACCGUAUCAAUCUGGCCAACACACUAGCCAGCAACGCAGUCAGGAGGGCAAACAGGGCACAUCAUACACAGACAGCAACCGAACGCUCCAGGUGCACCAGUAUCAGCCCGUGAUUCAGCAGUCAAGCACUCCGUCACAGCCAGCGCAUGUCUCUCCGGCGCAAUAUGCAGCCACGCAACAAAUUGCGAUCAACUCGCAGGAACAAUCGCAACAAAAAAGUCAGCCUUUUAACCAAGCCCAGCAGCAGGUGCAGGUACAGCAUCUGCAGCAGUCGGGAGCCAGCUUCACAGCUGGCCAGGCUCAAACGGAACCCGGUCGAUACCACACUCCGUACAAUCCAACUCAGGACAGUGGUCUUGCCACAGUGCAACAGCCGAGCCGGCCACCUUCCAAUCCAUCUGAUCACAACGGCCGUUCCAACACCACUGUGCCUGCCGUAGCGACGAACAACAACCCAUUUUCUUCACCCAACAAUCCAGCUCUUCGUGCCCAAUCGCAAAACGUUCAGUAUCCCGUCUCUUCUGGUCCAGCAGCAGGGCCCUCUCAGGCGUACGCCCCGCACGGAGCUGCCCAGUCUCAUCCUCAACCAUCUAUUCUUCAACAUUACCACCAGCAAUACCUCGCAUUAGGACCCUCGCAACUUGGAGAAAAUGCGCAGCAGAGUCAUCUGAACAGGCCUGGCGUCGUUGGUCACAACAGUGCGAGCAAAGCUGUCCAACCACAGACACAAUUCUUGCACGCGCAUGCAUCAAGCACUGGCUUACCCUCGAACCAGACAAACCAAAUUACCACAAGCGCUGCAGCCCCCUUGGCAAACCCUCCCUCGACGGGCACACACUCAGCGACGCCUCGGCCGGAGCUGAGCUCAACGUCAGCUCCGGUGGGGGUGCCGCCUCACGUAACCGGCUUCGCUUCGUCGACGACACCGGCGCCGAUGCCAAGCCCGGCCGCUGUAUAUAACGGCACCGGAGCUUCCUCUGAAAUUACGCAAUACAGUCAACAGGCUGCCUUGAAUCCCACUCCCCAGCCUUCCUCCAAUCAAGAAUCUGCAUCUGAGAUGAAGCCUUCGAAGCCACAAGCACCGAAGGUGCAGUAUAAGAUUCCCGAGAAGGUGACUCCUGUGCCGCUGCCAGCCAUGUAUCGAGCCGCGCGCGGCAAGACGGCUCCGGCACCAACACCGGCACCAGGACCGACAAAGGCAGCGCCCCAGGCCCAGCCUCAGACACCAGAGGUCGCCAGGACACCUACAAGUGCAUUGCCUUCUCCUACGCCCAGUGGUGCUGUGGGUUCCAUCAACUCUGCACAAUCGCCAAAUGCACAGAGCAAGACGGCUCGAAUUUCGGAGACGCCUGUACCUCUUCCUCAUCAGAAAGCAGCCACCUCGACACCACGAACGAAAGCCAGCGGAGCAAUGUUCGGCCACGCUUCUACCACUUCACCCACCAAGGUCAUGGUUUCGACUCCCGAAUCGACCCCCGCGCAGCCUUUGGUACCAUCGCAAACUAGCACGAGCACCGAUUCGGUAUCUGUUGCGGCUCAACAAGCCUCGGUAGCCCAUACACAGGAUGCUGCUCCGUCCGGGCCACCCUCUCAACCGUCGCAGGUAUCCAACAGAGCUGCCGUCGAGACUCCGGUGCCUUUGCCGAGACUUCCUGGCAAGGUGACGCCGGUGCCGCUGCCUCCCCAGGCUUUGCAGGUUCUCUCAGCCGGCCAUCCUGUGUCGAAGCCCUCGGGACACACAGGCGAGGCAAUCUCGGAAACGCCGAUACUGCCGCCGAUCAGGGCGCCCAUGGCAACAACGCAAACCUCGCCAGAGGUUGACGAUAUGGACAGGGUGGGUUUUCCGGAGGUGCCCCACGAUUCGAUGGCGUUGGUGGAGCAGAUGAUGCAAAACCUUCGACGUGCGAGCAUCAGACAUACUCACACGAACUAG